UUUUUUGACAAACAGUCGCAGCACCCCCGAUGGUGUAAUCGGUGUAAUCACCACUCCGAGUGUUCGAGUGCGUUCAUCGCGGGCUGAUUAGGUGUUGCUCGCGGCGGCUCUCGCACCGCGAAAACCGCCAGCAAAGCCAGCGUCUCGGUCGCGCGCGCCAGUGCAGCAUGCACAUCGCCGUCGGUGUCGUCGGCGAUUUGUAGGGCGCAGCGCUCACGUUCACGUCCUCGAUUCGCGUGCGCGCGACCAGCGCAUAAUAUUAGCACUCGCUGCAGCGUCCCGGAGCGACCGCUUUCGACGCCGUCACCGUCGCCGUUGCAUCAUUGGAGGGUAUGCCGUGUUGAACGCGCGCGUGCGUGCGGUUUGGGUCUUCCAGCAUCCAGCCGCCACCCGCCAGCACACCACACCACCAGCAGAUGAGUCAAUGUUGUUGGAGGUGGUGACGCUCCUCGCACGUGACGAACACAAACGACGCCGUCCAGGGUGACUGCGACGCUCACCGCCCGGGCCGGUGUUGCUGCGCAACCGGGUGACAUCCGGUUGUUGAUUCGCCACUCACGUGCAGCUAUCCUUACUGUAGUCAGUCCAAUUUUUAGCGUAAUUUAUUGCGCGCGAAAAAGAUGUCCGAGGAUGGUCAAUCCGAUCCCCUAGACGAUCCGCCGAUGGAGGUGACCGUCGAAACACUCACCGGCACUGUGUUUGAUGUACGCGUCUACCCCACGGAGACCAUUCUCGACAUCAAGAACAAAAUUCAACGUGUAGAAGGUAUUCCAGUUCACCAUCAGAACAUUCUGUAUCAAAUGAAAGUGAUGAAUGACUAUGCAAUACUGAAUGAUCACGGCAUCAAAGAUGGAAGCACUCUGAAACUAGUGCUGUCAAUCCGCGGUGGGCCGAUUUCCACGCGUCGUUUUGUGUCCUGUGACCACCACGUCGUCCGCAGGGACCUCAAGGAGCUCAUUGAAAAUGUCCAGACGGAGGGGUUGGAACCUGGCUCGAAGGUGUUGGUGCUUUUGUAUAAAGACGCCGAGGGGCUGAACGUGCUACGUGUGAUUGAGAACGAGGACGGCAGCUACUCGCCAUACCCGCCCGAUAUGUCCUCGCAGUCAGAUUCGACGACAUCCACUCCAACCACUUCAAAGGCUACAACCAAGGUUGAAAAAGCAGUCGGCAGGAGCGCUUCACUUAGCGAAACAGCACAGCCUGAAUCAGUGGAUAAUGCAGUUCAGACUGAUUAUUGUACCUGCUCUUGCGCUGAACAGGACGAUGUACCGCAUGUUCCUCUUGCUUGGUCGACGGAUAGAAUAACGCGUGAGGAUCCCCAGCAAACCGAGACGAUGUUCGCCAAGAUGGCCGAGGAUGUCGAGAUGGCCAAUAAGUUGCAAUUGUUGAAGCGACGCAUGCGCCAUCUGCGCGCAUUGCGUCAAGCGAAGGGUGACCCGCCGACGAAACACGCCAGUACGGCGGUUGAGAGCACGAUUGAUAUGGGGCUGGGCGAGUGGGCACUCAAAGAGAAGCACCGCUCGCGUAGCACUCGCCCAUCCGGCAGCUACCUGCAUAAUCUGCACGUGUUUGAUCCACAGGUCGAGGAGAGCACGCAAACGCCUCACCAUCUACUGCGCAUGGCACGAGUCGGGCUGUAUAUGCAGGAGCAAGAGCAAGACUUAGCGCAUGAAGAGGCGCAUCAGGCGGAAUUAUCCGCUGCGUGCUCGCCUGCGCCGUGUAAGGUUGGUUUGUAUCAGCGACGAGCGAGUCUUGACUACGACGGCGCAGAUUUUGGCCUCGGGCCUAUGAUUGAGCCUGUCCCUGAUGAUCCAGAGGAUAUUUUUUACCGUCUGCCUGCAAUUCCGCGGUAUGCAGCUGCGCAUACGCAUGCGCACUCCCACACACCGUUCCAGCCUCCGCCGCCAUGUGUGACAGCACGUAGUCCGCUCUACGGCCGCCUGUCGCGCAACUCCAAUGACAACUUCCUCACGCCGCUGGCGCAGUCUCCAUCGCCAGAGGUGCCCGAACGCAACUCUUGCAAUAUUGAACGCGUGCAGAACGACUACAUCGACUACGAUGAUCUUGAGCAGGAUGUUUUUGGCUACUAUAAUGCUGAAUUUGAUAAGUAUAUCUCUUCCGGUAACCCACCUCCUGCGAGUAUUGUCUCUGGCAGUAGUGGAUUGGACCUCACGGGGAAUUAUUUUCGUGGUGUAGAGGACGAGUUUGAAGAGGAGGAAGAAUCUCUGGAAGUCGGUAGUCUCGCCACGGAUAUAAAAAAGUUAACGCUGCGUACUGAUUUCCAAGCGCAGGUAUCCUCCGAUGUGCCGCCUCCGCCGAUCACACCCAGCGUCGCCUGCUCCACUAGCACCACAAGUACCACCACCAGCAGUAGUAACACCGGCGCCAUGAUCAAACGCGACCUGCCCGCCGUGGUGACCAAGAAGCGCAUGCGCUGCGGGCAGUGCAAUAAGCGUCUGAACAUUACCAACAUCUACAACUGUCGCUGUGGGCUGAUAUUCUGUGCGCAGCACCGCUACUCCGAGUCGCACGACUGUAAGUACGACUAUAAAGCCGAGGGACGCAAGCUCAUCGAGCAGCAGAAUCCGCUCGUCACCGCGUCGAAGCUUACCAAGUUUUAAUCGAAGACAAAAAAAAAACCCCGCAUCCUUUCGUGCGCGCACACUGCAUGUGUUUACAGCCCCCCACACACCAACAUUUACAUAGGAUCGAAUUAUUUGUUUCUUACGCGUGUUUCGCACCCCGCGCCGCCUAACAACACUUCGCUCGAUGUCUUUUCAUUUGGGUAAGAAAAAAAAUAGAGUGCAGCGGGCACACGCGACCCAUCCGGGCCGGAAUCCUCGAUUUGUUGUUGCGAUUGACGAAAAUUAAUUAUGCCUGGUGGGUCUCCAUUAAACUACAUUUUUGCAUACUGCGUUGUUACUUCGUUUUAUUUAAAUCGUAUACAGAGAUCGUUAACAAGAAUACCGCCAACAUCGUAGGAUAAAGCAACAAAAACUUCAGCGUUGGUGGUACUUCUGCUGGAAAUCAUCAUAUUGCCAUUUCUAUUUAAGUCCAACUUUAUUCUAAGAUUAGUUGUGUUUUCGGAGACGGAUGAGUAAGGAAUUUUGUCAUUUUGUGAAGGGAUGCAAACAUGCGUAUAACGAGUGUGUGACUGAUGCGAAUGCGUGCUUAGCUUUGUGAUAAUUUGCUCAAAUUUAUAUAGUAGUUAUAUUGUCCUCACGUUAUUAUCAUACGAAGUCACCGUCGGUGGGUGAGAAGACGCCACGCGCACGGUGAAGCAAACAGUAAUCGAGCAAGUAUUGAGUAACCGCGCGUGCGUCACUCUUCUUGACUGACUCACCUGUCAAACACACAUGUACAACACUUGAACUCAUCGGAAGUCGCACUGAUCGCACGGUAUAUUUUAUUUAUACGCGCGGACGUGGAAACAAAGUUUAGUUGUAUGACAAUAAUUAGUUAAGAUAGGCGAUCUGUGCGAUUUUAUACACAUUAUCAUCAUUAUUAUACUAUCACCCCGCGAUUAUAGAUUUGUACGUUGUGUACAUAUACUUCGAAAGGUCAAUUAUCACAUUUCUAUUCGAUUUCUGAUAGGAAUUGUAUACAUAAUCAGGAACUAGUUUGUAACGAGACGUUUCGAGUGCGUGGUGGAAAAAAAAAGCGUUUGUUUCUUUGCCACGCGGCCAUUCAAUAGCCAUGUGUGUUUUCGCUCAUCUUUCAUUGACGGACUGCGCUAUCAAUUUCAAUCAAAUUCAUUCUAAUCUUUAUUCGGGACACGUUAACAUUGGCGGUUUCAAUUUUUGAUUGUUCUGAUUGCUAAUACACGAAGAAAAAAAUCAAAACGAAAAAAAAAUCAUACACAAAACGGAUUGAUGUUCCUAACCGAUUAAUGAAACCAUUUCUUAUUAUUACUCACUGAGUUUUGUGUUAUUGUGAAUAAUAAUAAUAAUAAUCGAGAACCGUCCAUACGAGAAACAAGCAAACUAUGAGAAUAACGAGAGAACUACUUGUUAGUUUGUUAAAUGUUAAGAUGAAAUACUGAAAAACAAAGAACUAUUCUUUUAAAUUCGUAUGUUUUGAUGUUGGCGCGCGCUCGCGUUGAAGAUGUUAUUUAUUAUAUUUUAUUACCUUACGUCGUGUUCGAGGCAAACGGAUGCUUUAACCAGAAUAUUGUUUAAUUUGUCUCUUGGAACACUGUACUAGUUUUUAAAAGAAUUGUAAAUCGCAAACCUUGUAAAAAUGGUCGAGAAAGGGGAUGUGUUUUUAACUAAAAAUGUUUCAAGUGAAACGACAAA